AUGAUGAGUAAGAAUAAUCAACAAUUGUAUGCUCUGGUUUGCUGGAUUGGAGGCAAGUUUCAUCAAACCUAUACACUCGGAAUCCCAAUUGAGUGGAUACGGGAUUUUACAUUAGAAGAAUGGGAAAAAGAAUCAGAUGACAUUUCAUACAUAGUUGAAUGGAGGGAAAAAGUUUCAAAAAAUCAAUUUAAAAAAUUAGGAGGCUGGCCAGUUUAUGAUGCUUCUGUUGUCGCAGUCUCUGCUAGCCUAAAAAAGUUGUCGAAAUUCAUGAGAGAAAGAGAGUGCGAGGUAUCUCCUGAACACGGCCUACACCCAGAAAGUGUCAAAAAGAAGUGGGAAAAACAAAUGCUAGGCAGUAAGGAUGAUAAUAAAUCAGCGAAAAGAGAAAAUCUUAAAGGAGAAGAAUCAUCAAAAAAAUUGGAUUCGGCAAUUGCAGAGGAUACUGGCGCUGCAUCUGGCAACUUUACACCAACACUGCAAAAUUCUACUGUUCCUCCAUCAAAGCGCCUGCGCUUGUCAAUUGAGGAUCCUGAAGAUCAGUCUAAAGAAGACGAGAAUUCUAGUAUAUCUGGAAUUAGCCCUCUGUCAAAUGACGAACAUUCUUUAAAAAUUUCUCUUCAAGAAAUUUAUAAAGAUAACAAAUUUAUAAAAAAAACGUUAAUUGAACUCACAAAUGCGGUGAAAAAUAUCGCGGAACAUAAUGUUAACGAAGAUAGCAAUGAAAUGGUUGAAAUCGGAGAGAAAGGAAGUGGAAUUUUCAUUACAAAAGACCAAUGGGAAACAGCUACUCAAAAAGCAACUUAUACUUCGAUGGGAACUUCAUUGGUGUCUGCGUUAUUUCCUCAAGAUGUAUUAUUGAACAGUAAUUUAGCGGGCGGAAAGUCAAGGUGCAAACCUUCAACAGUCCAACGAUCUGGAUUAGAUGCUUCCAUCCUUAAAGCUAUCCGUGUAACCGUAAAGAAAAGGCACCCUCAGUCUUACCAACGUGGUUUUUUGGGACAGAGCAUAAAUAAUUAUUUAAACAUUCUGCGCAAAAAAAAUGGUAUCGAUGAACCUAAGACAACUUUUGAUCUUCGAAAUAUUUUAUUGAUACAAAAAAAU